AGACCUUCUGCCUGGACGCGUGAGCUCAGAGGGAAGCUGCAAGUUUUUAGUGUUUAUCCGCAGUUACACUUUAUAUUAGCGGUUAUUAUAAAGUUACACGACAAAUGUAGCUGCUAAUGUACGUUCUGACGAGAAAAGUCAACGGUGUUAAGUAUGUGACUUAGUGGCCUUCAUUCUGUGUUGGCCUCUUUCCAAGUCAGUCAGCAGAAAGAGGAGCUUUGCAGUCAUCAGCCGGUGCAAGAAAAGUCCUUCCAAUGUCUUUAGUAGAGGAUAUUCUGGACGUGCUGCGGAUCGUGCUGGAGUACUUUGGAGUGCCUCCGGACAUGCUGGUUCCAGUGUGGGACAGUCAGCUGUGCGGUCAGUAUCGCAGCAUUGUGCGGAUGAUCGGGACCAACCUCCCCCUGACACCUACGCCGCGCGUCCACUUUCAGAUCCCCCUGCUCACCCAUCGGCCCCACGGUUAUGUCGACGACGCCGUGGAGACUCCGUCCAUCCCCUCGUUCGCUGACGUCAUGUGGGUGUUUGAGGAUGAAGGAGAGAGCUUUGCAAAGACCAGGAACCAUUUACCUCCAAAGACGCAAAGUACUGUAAAUCGGAACAUGGUGAGGUACCAAGGGCCGCGCCCUCAGAGUCACGUCCAGAGAGGAGGCGGCGCUGCGAGGCAGACAACCGACCCAGAAGCUCUGAAGAAGAUCACAGCGCUGGAAAGCGAGCUGCUCAAACUCCGAGCUCAGAUAGCCAUGAUCGUGACUGCUGCGCCAGCCUCAGGUCUGACCGAGUCCCAGAAUACCCCAGGCACACCUUUGAUGUCUCCUCCCCCUCUGCCAGCUCUCACCUCCACACCUCGCUGUGCUGCUCCACCCCCACCACCACCUCCACCUCCUCCUCCUCUUCCUCCUCCCUGCCCUGCCUCCUCCACUGAGACUUCGUCUGUGUUUGAGUUGAUCCGCCAGCGCAGGAAGAAAGAGAAAGACCAGGAUCUGCCCCAGGACUCCAAAGUCAAAGGACUGCCAUCCAUGUUGGAUGUUCUCAAGGACUUAAAUCAAGUUAAACUGCGUUCAGUGAAGAGAUCACCCGGGGGGACGCCAGUCAGAAAGAGACGCAGUAAGGGAGGCGCAGCCUUGCUGAAUGACCCAGCGGCUCUUAUCGCUGAAGCCCUAAAGAGAAAGUUCGCCCAGCAUCGCCACAACAGCUCCUCCGACAAAGAGAACUCAUUAGAGCUCUCACCGUUCGGCAGUCCAGAAACACCCAAGGUCCCUCUCCACAUCAGACGGAGUCAGGGGCGCCUCCACCUCUGAUCCCGUUGACCUGACCCCGAAAAUGUCAAAGUCAGAUGUCUCAUCGGCUAAUUACAGCUCCCACUGCUGCAGCUGCUGAUUCACAUUUCCUUUUUAUUUUGUUUGUCUACUCUGUUGUUCUUGUAAGAGUUUUUGUCUCACGAUGAACAAAGUGCUUGUUUCUGUUUCUCUUUGUUGGGAGGCAUGAAUGUAUGUUUGCGUUAGAGCGAUUGCUGUGAAUGAGGGUUUUGGUACAAAUAUUUUGUUUUUGUACAGUGAAAUGUUAGUGUUGUUCAUACAGUAAUAUGUUUAGAUUCAACAAUAUUUUUAAGCAGGUAUGCACUGCAGCUACAUGCUUUAAAGUGACUUUGUGAGGCCUUAAAAUUCUUACCUCAAACAAGUGAGAUGAAUAACUGGGUAUUGAGAUUCACACAGCUCUGUUCUAUGCAACUGCUGUUUCAGCUUGUUUUAUUAAAUUAAACUGUCAAAAGUGCACUGAUAAAUAUUUUGUUUUCUGUUUGUCCAAAUCCACUUUUAGUUCAUGUUUGUGACUUUAUAUUGUAACGCUGUUGCUUUUCGCAGCAGUGAGAUCAUCAGCGUUGAAUUGAUUUUCCAAAAUGCAAAGGUUAUAACACAUUUGUGGAGUUGUGCACAUGAUGUCAUUUCACAUUUUAGCUUUGUGUUAAGAGCUAUAUCACGUUAAUAAAUAGGUACUU